AUGGAGGAAACCAGCAACAACAGCUCUGAGAAGGGAUUUCUUCUUCUAGGAUUUUCAGACCAGCCCCAGCUGGAGAGGUUCCUUUUUGUCAUCAUAUUGCACUUUUACAUCUUAAACCUUUUGGGAAACACUUCUAUCAUAUUGGUAUCUUAUCUGGACCCCAAACUCCAUACGCCGAUGUAUUUCUUCCUGAGCAACCUCUCCUGUGUGGACAUCUGCUUCACCACCAGUGUUGCCCCACAGCUGCUGGUCACCAUGAAUAAGAAAGAUAAGACCAUGAGCUAUGGUGGAUGUGUGGCCCAGCUAUAUGUGGCCAUGGGCUUAGGCUCAUGUGAGUGCAUUCUUCUGGCAGUCAUGGCUUAUGACCGCUAUGCUGCUGUCUGCUGGCCACUGCACUACACAACCAUCAUGCACCCUAGGCUCUGUGCAUCUCUGGCCAGUAUGGCAUGGUUCAGUGGCCUUGUUACCUCCCUAAUUCAGUGCUCCCUUACUGUGCAGCUGCCCCUUUGUGGUCAUCGCAAACUGGACCACAUUUUCUGUGAGGUGCCAGUGCUCAUUAAACUGGCCUGUGUGGACACAACUUUCAACGAAGCAGAACUCUUUGUGGCCAGUGUAGUCUUUCUCAUUGUCCCUGUGUCACUCAUUUUGGUCUCCUAUGGCCUUAUAACCCAAGCUGUGCUGAGGAUCAAAUCAGCUGCAGGGCGCCAGAAAGUUUUUGGGACCUGCUCCUCUCACCUGGUUGUUGUCAUCAUUUUCUAUGGGACUAUUAUCUUCAUGUACCUUCAGCCAGCCAAAAGUAGCUCCAAAAAUCAGGGAAAGUUUGUUUCUCUUUUCUACACCAUAGUUACCCCACUUUUAAAUCCCAUCAUCUACACACUGAGAAACAAAGAUGUAAAAGGGGCCUUGAGGGUGCUGAUUACAGGAAAAGCUCUUGGGCCACAACCAAGGGAUUACUGA